AUGGCGUUGACGACACCCAAGCUGCUGGUGGCCGAGUGGAGGCCGGAGUGUUGUGCCUCACCCACACAGACACGCUCACCUGCUCUUGGAUAUAUUUUACCAGAGUUCAGAAGCUGUGGAUGCUGGCUGCGAGGCAUCAUGAUUGACUACGAGCGUCCCUCUCCAUUAGGCUUCGGGCCGGCUGGGAGGAGUGUGUUGGUUCCUGAGCUCCCGGCACACACACAUACACACACACUGACGGCCAUGCCUCAAAGAUACUCCCACCAGAGGAGGAAAGCCAGCACAGCGGCUGCGAGGAGGAUGGAGAGGAGACGCAGGGAACAGGGGAAAAGCAACAACAACAACUACCCAACAAGCAGCCACAACCAACGCUCCAAGAAGCUUGCCAUGCUCUCCAGGUCCCUGAUCCUGUGUCACUCCAAGACUAAUGAUGACGGCGUGGAGGAGAGGAAUGCUGGGGACAUAGCAGAUGGGUGCAGGACGCAGGGUUCAAGUUGGAGGACAGAUGUGACAGCUGGGCUUCAAACAGGGUACAGAGAUACAGAGAAUGGACACUGUAGGACGUCCCAGCAAUCAGACCUGGAGAAAAGAGGAGAGAGCAAAGCAGAACAUCAGCUCCACCAUACCAACACACUCAGGGAGAAUAAACGCAGCAUGAGGAGAUCCUUCAGCAUCAAGGAGAGCAGUAUUUGGAGGAUGUGUGUAGCCACAGGGCCUGCUGAGGACGUGUGUGGACCACAAAUGGCAGAUAACAGUGGGACACAGAACAAAGACACUAAUGUGGAGCCAGGGAGGACUGGAGGGAACCUACACAGAGGCUGCAGCUUGCCGAGCCCAGACAAGCUGGCACCCUUUAACGGACACUUUCUAAGUGGCACUGCUUGGAUGGAAGGGGAGGCAGUGAGGAGUGUUCACAUUAAACCCUACAGUGAGGACAUUUCCACACACGAAGACCAUGUCCAUUCACUGACUAAGAGCCCACAGCACCCGGCCCUCAUUUCCCCAUCAGACCCCAAAUCUUUGCCUGGGUACACAGAUGAAGAACUUGUAGCCUACAACAACCACCUCAAGUUACCCAUCCCAGAGGUUAAUGAGGAGAAAUGCUGGGGGACAGAGAAAACUGACCAGAGCCCACCAGGACAGACAGCCAGCAACAGGACUCGGCCAAAUUCAACCAGUGUUCAGCCUUACUGGAUCGGGGAUUUGGACAGCAUCAUCAUGAAGACCCCGGAGCUGUACAGCUGUCAUCCUCAUGGGAGUAGUGGAAUAUAUGGAAACAGGAAGUCUUUGUCCCAGCAGCUGGAGUUUCCUCACACCACCACACAGCCUGUGCACCGUCCCUCCCGUUCCCUCAGCUCUGCCCAGCUGGUACACUCCUGCAGCAACGUGCAACAAGCCUUCAUUAUCUGUAAUAUAGUGCUGAUGAAGGGCCACGGCAAGGGUCUGGGAUUCAGUAUUGUGGGCGGGAGGGACAGCAUGUAUGGACCAAUGGGAAUCUAUGUGAAAACCAUUUUCCGUGGAGGAGCAGCCGCUGCUGAUGGAAGGCUGCAGGAGGGUGAUGAGAUCCUGGAGCUGAACGGAGAGUCUCUUCCUGGUUUGACUCAUGAUGAAGCCCUGCACAAGUUCAAACAAAUUAAAAAGGGUAUGCUGUCUCUCGUGGUGAGGACCAGCCUACGUGUCGGGGCCCUGUGUGGUCAAGCGCAGGUGGCUCAGCUGUGCAGGUCGCGCUCCCUGAGCUCCACCACUGGCAUGGCCAGGGUCAGUGUUGACAUGGGAGACUUCAACUACCUCAACAACACCUGCAGCAACACACUGAGCGUCCCCGGUCAGCCUGCGAAACCCAGAGACCGCAUCAUGAUGGAGAUCAUCCUGCACAAAGAGGCUGGUGUUGGUCUGGGUAUUGGACUGUGCUGUGUUCCAUCUGGUGACGGAUGUCCAGGGAUCUACAUCCACACCCUCUCUCCUGGAUCUGUAGUACACAUGGAUGGUCGACUCCGGUGUGGAGAUGAGAUCAUGGAGAUCAACGACACUGUGGUUUACAACAUGGCGCUGAAUGACGUCUACACAGUCCUGAGCCAAUGCACACCAGGUCCAGUCCACAUCAUCAUCAGUCGCCACCCAGACCCCAAAGUAUCAGAGCAGCAACUGAAUGAUGCCAUCACUCUAGCAGUGGAAAGCAGCAAACUGAGGAAGGAUAAGAGCCAGUGGAGUAUUGAUGGGCUGCGCAGACUGGAGUCCUGCUCUCACAGCCGGCAGAGGUGUGAGCAUUGUCUAGAGAGGAGUUUCAGUCAGGUGACGGUUCGACGAGCACAGAAGACCAUGACCCGCUCCUGUAGCGAUAACACCAACAGCCACCACUACAACCGCUGCCUCAACAUGCACAACCUCCACAACACACACCAUCAGCCAUCAUCACGUGUCCACAGCCUGGACACACCGAAGUCUGUGACAGACACGUGGUCGGACAACAGACUGUCUGUGCCCAUGUACCCUGACGAGGACUAUAAUAUCCCAUACAACUCUCCUCCUGCCAAUAACUCCUGUCAGCAGGCCCUGGAUCUGGCCUUCAGGGGCAGCAAGUCUAACUGCAGGAUGCGUGCUGUUCCACGUCGGUACUGUUGGCCUCAGGAUGUGACCAGUGAGGAGGGCUACAAUGGGGACUCCAGUGGUUCUAGUCAAGGAUCUCCAGUUAGAGACGAAGGACUGGAGUAUUCAUCACAUACCAGCUGCCAGCUCUUCAGCAGUAUAUACAAAGCCUUGCAAAAGAUCCUGAGGUUACUCUUCAGGAAUCAGGAAGGAGAGCGAAUAAGAGAACAGUUAGAGGGGAGCAAAGACAACUUCACUCAUCCAGACACUGCUGCCUGCACCGACGACAGUCUACACAUAGAGGAUUCAUCAGCGGUGCUCUGCUCACAGCCAAAAAGAGGAGCUCUGAGGAGGCAGGCUCGUAUUGAACAACGCUCCCAAGAGCAGCUUCAGGAUCCUUGGAUUCGCCUUUCAGGCACAUCCCCUCAAAAACUGGCCGAGACCCACCGUCAACACGCUGCUGACAGCACACGGGCCGUCGACCUCAAGUCUUCCACAAUGAGCGAUGAAGAGAGCCCCGAUAAGCUCAAUGGUACAGUCACAGAUGUGACUUCAGAUCCUCAGUCCAACAUGAGCCCUGAAAACACGUGUGAAACUCCAGAAUCAAAGAGGGGGCCCCCGGUGGCACCCAAGCCCACCUGGUUUCGCCAGAGUCUGAGGAAAAUUCGAGAUGAGAAGGACCAGAAGAAGCAAGUUAAACCCGCAGAGCAGAGGCCUGCUGUGGGUUUCAGCAGAAGCUUUGCAAUCAGAUCUGCCUCAUCUGCAGCCAACUUGUCAAUCAAACAAAAGAUCCACUCAUUUGAGACUUUUUCCAGUCCAGAGAGUCCAGAGAAGGGGGGGCAUAGGAUGCCUCUGUCCCCUUCCAGCUCCCUUCCUCUGAUGGAGAAGGAGGCCCGGAAGGACCAUGCCUCACUUGAAGGCUGUGGGAACAGCAAACAUGGAAUCACCAAAGAGAUCCAGUCAAACCAAACUGCAUGUGUUCAGGAGACAGAACAAACUGUCUCCACGUCACCCUCUGCUGUCACCUCCUCCUCUUCUCAAGCUUGUCUUCAAACAACAGAAAAGUCCUGGGAAGAUGAACCUCCCUCUGUCCAGACAGAGACAGAUCUCCCACUCAUUGACUCCAUCAGCGCGGAUCUGGACCCGGGGAUGAAUGAUUCUCAUUCCCCACCAGCUCAUGAUGACAGCAAUGUCUCACCAUCCAAACAGUUGUCUGAGCGAGAGAGAGUGGAUCUCAGUGAGGUCCUACCCCCGGUGACAUCCAUCAGAUCCAAUCAAGAAGAGGGGGAAAGUCCUCCAGUGGGUACGGAGGAGGGUGCAGCACUCAGCCAAGAAAAGCUGCUGAGCACAAGUCUGAGUGCUGGUCUCCCUACAGACACUACCUCCUUGAGAGGCCUGGAGGCAGAGAAUUUAGGGAAAAUUCUCGCCUUCAGUAACCAGGUUUCACAAGCACUGAUGCGUUCUCUUCCCAUGUACACCGGCUCUAGUGACCCUCGCUCCCCAAACCUACAGGACCCCUCAUCAUUGGAUUCUACAAACCCUGGGUGUGACCCUGCUCCUGCAGUGGACAGCAGCGACAGAGGCUUCUCUGUCAGCUUGGCCACACUGAGAGAGUGCACCAUUGAGCGAGAGGAGGGGGGAUCUCAUGUCGAAGCAGGAGUCACUUCUGCUUCUGCUCAUACCGUCAUCUCAGCCAUCUCUUCCCAGGAAAUACAGAGGAUGAUCCAGGAAGUCACAAUUCUGGAUCAAGAGACGCUGAAGCAACUGGUGGACAUCCAUGUUGUGAUUCUGCAUAAAGAGGAGGGAGCAGGUCUGGGAUUCAGCAUCGCUGGCGGCUGUGACCUGGAGACCAAAGCUCUGACAGUGCAUAAAGUGUUUCCCAGCGGCCUGGCGGCUCAGGAGGGCACCAUUCAGAAAGGAGAUGAGGUGUUGUCCAUAAACGGACAAACACUGCAGGGCGUCACACAUGCCGAUGCCACCGCUGCUAUGCGUCAGGCCCGGAAUCUGAAGCUGGCUGUGGUGGUCAUUUGCAAGAGAGCAGAGGAGGGAGGCAGAGAGGGGGGAGGCUGCAAGAGCGAAGAGCCUAACGCUUCAGUGGAGGAGCUGGCAGCUCCGGUGAGGGUGGAGCUGGACAAAGGAGCUGGAGGAGUUGGUUUUACUCUGGAGGGAGGAAAAGGCUCAAUCCAUGGAGACAGGCCUUUAGUCAUCAACAGGAUCUUUACAGGUGGUGCUGCAGAGCAGAGCGGUCUGCAGUCUGGAGAUGAGCUGCUGCAGGUGCAGGGAGGCAGUCUGCAGGACAUGACAAGGUUUGAGGCCUGGAACAUGAUCAAGGCUUUACCUGAGGGACCAAUCACAUUGGUCAUCAGGAGGCGAGAACAACAGGGAGCGACAGAAUGAGACACACUGUGGCUGCUGGGAGCCGCUCGCAAAGGAAAAAGAAAACAUCGGAACUUGGGACCACCAAUGUUGGACUUCUAACAAACUCCUAGAAAUCAGGUAUAAGUGUGGUCCACCUUUUAUUUUUGUGUUAAGAGUUUUUCUUUUUACCUUCAGUAGACAAUAACUUGAUGAUAGCUCGGAGCCUGGCCAGUGUCAUGCUCACAAGUAAAUAAAUGAGGUGCACAACACAAUGACUUACUGCAUGAAAUCCAAACAGCUCAUUUAGAUCAUACUGCCCAUGGCUUGAAAACCGCAACUGUUAACAUUAGGUCUCACUGUGUUAGGCUACACUGUGGUGAAUGUGUAGCUUCUUCAUUGCACUCUAUGCUGGCCAGUAUAGUAUUUCUGAAACAAAAUCCAAUGUUGCUUCACAACUGCACAAAAACUGCACUGUCAGGACUAACUUAACAGUUGUGAGGAUAACACACAAUAUCAAUAUGAAGGAAUCCCUUUACAGAUCCAAACACAGCUGGUAGCCUGCAGUCCACUCUUGGGAUGCUCCUCAGUGACAACACUCAAGUGAACACAACAAACGUCAGCUUCAGUUCCUACUGCUGCAGCAACGUGACACUUUGUAAUUGAAAGAUUAGAGUUCCCCUUCAACAGUUGUCCUAUUAUUACACAUAAACAUGUUUGCGGCUAUUGAUGCUUUGUCCUGCAUCGUGUUAACAAGUUAAAUCAUUCCAGAGCACAACACUUUGUAUUAUUGAUUCAAAAGUCAUGAUUUUUCUUCACGGCUAAAAUGAAGGAGAGUAAAAGGCUGCUUAUUUACUCAUGUUCACAAGGUGGUGACGAGUUUUUCCUUAAAAUACAGUAUGAUACAUUAGAUCAGACAAAAGUAGGACAAAGAGGUGACAGUAUCUGAUCUGUCCCUCACAGUAUAAAUUAACAAGCUACCAAUCAGGCCUCACGAGGAGCCUCUGUCAUCUGCUUCAUAGUUCUGUCUGAUUAGGAGAUAACUACAGGAGACAGUCUGUGCUGCUGUUGUACUGAUGAAAAUGGACAUGCCAUUCAUUAGGUGUUGUCCUUAUUGUUGUCUUUAAUUAAAGAAAGAACAAAUGUCGUCACAUAUAUUAAGAGAAUCGUACAGAGUAAAUGUCUCUUUUUUCUGCAGCGGUACUGUAUGUAUCAUGAAGCUCUGUGGAGCUGUUUUUUGAUUCAGUACCUCAGUUUGACAGCCAUUUACAAAAUGAUGAGUCAGACCAAACUGGAAAGUUUCAGUUGUGUGUCUGUGUUUCAGUCCUCAGUGCUCAUUGAAGCACAGGAAAAAAUGAUUUGAAUUGACUCAAUCUGUUAAUGAAUGUAUUUAUGAUCCACAAUAAAAAAAAGUGUACAAUAUUCACACUGAUGCUGUGAGCAAGUGUCCAAUUGUUUGAGAGUGCAGAGCAAGGACUUUGACAAAUGUCAAUUUUUGACACCAGUAUUUUAUUGAAAACAGUUUCUUUACCAAGAGGAAAGUAUUCAUGGCAAUGGUAAAAACUAUUUUUCUGUAAAUUGUAAGUGUUGUGCAUGCAACAUUUCUCCAUGCCUAAAAUUACCCAAUUGUUCAGUCAGGAUUGAUACACAAACAUGAUGCCUUAAUGUGUACGUAUGCAAGCCAUAAGAAACAAAGAUCACAAUUUACAAAGGUGAUAUUUAUAGAUGGUCAUAUCUGCUAUAAAUAAUU